GGGAUACAAAUGUUUCUUUAUCCACAUUCGAGUCUGUCACCGGAGCCCGAUUGUAAAUAUUAAACAUACAGUCGGAGACGUUCGUGCGCGUUCAAUCAAAACCAUGGGAUUGACACACUGAGCUUUGAGUGUUUGGAAGAGAAACUCUGAAGCGGCUGAAAGUUUUGUAUCCACACCUUUUGUUUCGCGAAACUUUUCCUUUCUCUCGUAACUUACUUUUUGCAGGAGUAUCCGAAGAUUCCAGCAGCGCGGAUGGAUAUUAAAUGAUGCCCGUGGACUGUUUUGGGGGUUUAUUUCAGAGUGUUUUUUGUUUGGAAAUAAAACCCCGAUUCUUCAACCCACAACCCUUCUGAUCUGAUCAUGGGAAAAUUGGGAAUGUUGGGUUUUUUCUAACCUCCACAGUCGCGCUUGUAAGAUUUGGGGUUAGUUCGGAUUACUGCAGCUCUCUUCGUGAGACAGGAAAGUUUCGCUUUAAGCAGACGUUUGGCUUUUCAUUUAAAGUGCCAACAUGCCUCAGUUAAACGGAGGAGGAGGUGAUGACCUGGGAGCAAAUGAUGAACUUAUUUCCUUCAAAGACGAGGGCGAACAAGAGGAGAAAAUAUCCGAAAAUGUGUCGUCGGAGAGAGAUCUGGACGAGGUCAAAUCCUCACUAGUCAACGAGUCCGAGAACAACAGCAGCUCAUCAGACUCCGAACAAACAGAUAGACGUCCUCGACCGAGACCAGAUCUAGAAAGUUACGAGAAACAGAGGGAAUACUUUGCGGAAGCUUUGAGACGACAACAAGAUGGAGGAUUUUUUAAGGGACCCCCUUAUGCUGGUUAUCCGUUUCUUAUGAUCCCAGAUAUCACCAAUCCAUACCUCUCCAACGGAUCGCUAUCUCCCAGCACACGAACGUAUCUCCAAAUGAAAUGGCCUCUUCUUGACGUUCCUGCCUCGGCGGCUCUUAAAGACUCCAGAUCUCCCACACCAGGACACUUGUCAAAUAAGGUUCCAGUGGUACAACACCCCCAUCACGUUCAUCCGCUCACACCGCUGAUCACCUACAGCAAUGAACACUUCUCUCCAGGGACGCCUCCUUCUCACCUCUCGCCGGAGAUUCUUGACCCAAAGACUGGCAUACCAAGGACCCCUCACCCCUCAGAGCUGUCCCCAUAUUACCCUCUCUCUCCUGGGGCAGUCGGACAGAUCCCUCACCCUCUUGGAUGGUUGGUUCCUCAGCAAGGCCAGCAUAUGUACUCCAUCCCUCCCGGAGGCUUCAGACACCCCUACCCUGCACUCGCCAUGAACGCCUCCAUGUCUAGUCUGGUCUCCAGCCGUUUCUCUCCACACAUGGUUCCUCAUCCUCCUCACGGCCUCCACCAGACGGGCAUCCCUCACCCCGCCAUUGUGUCGCCUGCCAUCAAACAGGAGCCCAAUGGCGAGAGCCCCAGCAACUCCACACACGGAAAGCCCUCGGUGCCCGUGAAGAAAGAGGAAGAGAAAAAGCCUCACAUCAAGAAGCCUCUUAAUGCCUUCAUGCUCUACAUGAAGGAAAUGAGGGCCAAAGUAGUGGCUGAGUGUACCCUGAAAGAGAGCGCCGCCAUCAACCAGAUCCUGGGCAGAAGGUGGCACUCUCUCUCGCGUGAGGAGCAGGCCAAAUACUAUGAACUGGCCAGGAAAGAGCGGCAGCUGCACUCUCAGCUUUAUCCCGGCUGGUCUGCGAGAGACAACUACGGAAAGAGGAAGAAACGGAAGAGAGACUGUAAAUCUGACUCCCCAUCAGAGAGUAACUUCUCUCCUCAACCCAAGAAGCAGUGCGUCCCGUAUCUGUCAUCUGAGAAAAUGUGUGACAGCCCUACCUCGUCUCACGGCAGCAUGCUGGACUCCCCCGCCACACCCUCCGCCGCCCUGGCGUCCCCCGCGGCUCCAGCGGCCACACACUCAGAGCAGGCGCAGCCCCUGUCCCUCACCACCAAACCCGAAGGCCGAGCUCAUCAUAACCACCCACACUUCCCUCUGCCAGGCAAAUCCUCGGGCUCCGGCUCAGGCUCCAGCAUGGCCCUCCACAGCCUCUCGCGCCCCAUCCCCUUCACCAGCCUGCCCCCGUCUCUGCUCGGCCCGAACUCGCCGUUCCACCAGGCCGCUCUGCAUUCCCAUCAUGCUUUGCUGCAAACACAACCGCUCUCCCUCGUCACCAAAUCUGUGGAGUGAACAGACAAAAAAAAAAAUAAAGCGACUUUUUUUACACCUGUAUAUUGCUUUGUUUUUUUACCUUUUGAUAGAUCAUAGGCCGAGUUUUUAAAGAUAGAAUGAAAAGUGAUAAUUAUUGGUCAAUAUUUGACCCCCCUUCUAUUUUGCUUUUCUCUUUUGAAACCAACGACAAUGUAUUUUUUUGUAAAUUGACUUUUUUUUCUCUCUCCUCAUGUGAUUCUCCAUUGUUGCUCCCUGUAUAAAAGACAAAUGUAUAAAGGUUUUCUGUUUGUUUAAUUGUUUUUUAACCGUACUUGACAAAUACAGUUUGUAGUUUUAGUUCAAUUCAAUCUAACGGUAGUUUAGGAGUUCGGUUAAUUUUUUUUUCAUUACAGCUUUCUCUCUUUGUUUUUUCUAUUAUUUUAUUUUUCUCCUUCAUUCUUUUGGUACCACCUCACCCUGUUCCUAACCCUGUGUGUGUGACUCUCCUAAGGCUCCAUAGCUAAUAAACCUCAAGUUAUUUCUAAA